AUGGGUGAAAUGAAAUGCUUACCAUCAUGUAGAAAGAAAGAAAAUAAUAUGCAUCCAUGCCAAACCUAUACAUUCAUAUGCACAUUUAUCUACUUAGAUACUCCUAUAUGUAUACAGUAUAUAUAUUUAGACACAUAUGGCUAAAAAAGGCAGGGUUACAUCACAUUAUCAGGGUCUUUGGGUCCUCUCUGUCCUUGGUCUGUGAUUCUUCCAUUUAUAGAUUGAGAUCCAUUUAUUUGGCUUUAGCACAGGGUUAACAUUUCUAGAUGCUAUUGUUGCAUCACGCAUCAUCUAACUGUUACAGGCAAACAAAGAUUGGAUUGACUUUGUGUAAAAUAUGUAAAUUAUUUGACUCUUGUGACGUAAAGAGUUGGUACAAUAGUUUAAUUUUGAGGGAUGCAUUUUGUUAGAAGUAGCUCAAGCUGUUAAAUAAAUGUGGUGGAGUAAAAUAAAAUGGAUUCACUUUUAAAUGUAAUGGAGCAAAAGUAUAAAGUAGCAUACAAUGGAAAUACUCAGGGAAAAGUACCUCAAAAUUCUACUUAAGUACAGUACUUGAGUAAAUGUAUUAAGUAACUUCCCACUUCUGGUAGUAAGGAGAUCGUUGGGUUUCAAAUAACAAUUCCAGUUUUUCUAGUACUUUUCAAUUUGUGUCUUUUCAAUCAUGUCUCAGAGAGGCAGAUGUUCUAUUAUAUGAAUUUACUAAAUGAUUGCGUUUCUCUCUGACGUUGCUGGAGAUCUUAAACUGAGCCAUUUUAUCUUUGUGAAAUAUGACUGUACCAGGGUUCAGAUGUGAUUUCAGGCAGGGAGGGGCAGGUUGUGCCGUUAAAAAGAAAGUCAUUUCAUAUUCACUUUGAUCAGAGACCAAAUAGGUGUGCGUCAGAAAGAUAAUAGAAAGGACAAAUUAACUAAUACUUUACCUUAGUACUUUAAGCACUCGAGACAAUGGCCGAAGAAAACAGUGCGGGUGCCAAAGGCUUCGUCGAUAGCAGCAUUCACGUCGACGUCAAGGAUUAUUAUGGCAAGGUGCUGAAGAAAACCUCAGACCUGAAGAGCAACGCCUGUGUGGCUCCAGCUCAGCCCAUUCCUGCCUUCAUCCGCCAGGCUCUGAAGAAAGUGCACCCUGAAGUCACCGCCAGGUACUAUGGCUGUGGUCUGGUGGUGCCAGAGUGCUUGGAGGGCUGCAGGAUCCUUGACCUGGGCAGUGGGAGUGGGAGGGACGUGUACAUGCUGAGUGAGCUGGUGGGCGAGAAGGGCCAUGUCACUGGCAUUGACAUGACUGAGGACCAGCUGGAUGUGGCCAGGACUUAUGUGGAUUAUCACAUGAAAGAAUUUGGCUUCAAGAAGCCCAAUGUGAGUUUUGUCCAGGGCUACAUCGAGGCCCUAACAGAAGCGGGUCUGGAAAAGAGCUCAUUUGACAUCAUAAUUUCCAACUGUGUGGUGAAUCUCUCUCCAGACAAGAAGCGAGUACUGGCUGAAGCCUACAGUGUGCUCAAGGAUGGUGGUGAGCUGUACUUCAGUGAUGUCUACAGCAGUGGAAGAUUAACAGAGGAAAUUAAAAAUCAUAAAGUCCUUUGGGGCGAGUGUAUUGGUGGAGCACUCUGGUGGAAGGAUCUGCUGCAGUUGGCCGAAGAAGUUGGAUUCAGCCUGCCGCGACUGGUUACUGCCAGCGUCAUCACUGUGGACAACCAAGAGCUGCAGGACCUCCUAGGUGACUUCAAGUUUAUCUCCGCCACAUACCGCCUGUUCAAGAUCCCUAAAGGCACCACCAAGCCCUGUCAGGUCAUAUAUAAUGGGAGCAUAACAGGAGUAGAGAACAGCUUCCAGUUUGACUGUCAGUACACAUUCAAGGUGGACGAAGUGGUGGAGGUUGAUGGAGAAGUGGCCACCAUACUGACCCAUUCCAGAUUCAAGGAAGAUUUCACUUUCCAGCCUCAGGGAGGCCCCCGUGAGCCCUGCGGAGUCAAACCUAAGGCGGGCACUGUGGAUCCUUUCCAGCUGGUCCUUCAGCUGGGGAAACAACAGCCAGGUUCAGCCACAGGGGGAUGCUGCAGCACACAGUCUGCCUGCUGCAAGUGAUGGUGGGAAGAGCACUCAGAAAUACAGGCCUAUCAUAAUAUGAAGCAUAAUAACAAUAGAGCAAAUGUCCUAACUUAAUUACGCUUCAAUCGGUGUUAUGAUGUUGUGCCAUAUUAACAUUUGAAUGGAGAUUUUCGCAAUUUAAAUGAUAUACUUACAUGUCUCUUAUUGAUGUUCUGUGAACUCUGAAAAACAGAAGACUGAAAUGGUGACUUUGAUUUAUGUGAAUAAUUAUGUUGCACAAAUUAAAUGACUUUGGAUUUGUAUCGAGGCACAAUCAAGAUACUCACACGUGCAAAACUUGUACAUAAUCUUCUUAUAGUGCUAUUACUUUCAUAUCUCUUAACAAUCUUAGACAUCGGCAUUGUCUUAUAUGUGUCAUCGAUUCCUUUUAUUGGGACUUUUCCAUCUUAAUUAUAUAAAAAAAUAUUCGCUGUAUAACCUCUAAUUUAAUUCAUUGGUUAAGGAGUAUGUUGCCAUAAGUGUUUAAGUGCACUGCUAUGUUAAUUGUUUUGUGUUAUUCAUGUUAUUAAUAAAUGCUGUCAAACUAUUGGA